UUUUUUUUUUUUUUUUUUCUUAAUAAUUAUUCUUAUUCUUUUUCUCUUCUCAUAUCUUCUUGGAAUAACUAACUGUAAAUGAAGCUUCUUAUUUGUAUCUCUAUUUGUAUAUUAUCGUUUAUUUUAAAUAUCGCCGAAGCAAACAAAAUAUACGGUCGUGGAUUAGCAACCGUAAUGACUUUUGAUAAUUCAACUAUGGACUCUUCUAAUGUUUUGGAUAAGCGUGGAGGUCGCGGUACAUGGUAUUCUGGAACCGGUUUAAAGCAUGCAGCUUGUUAUGGUCGUAAGGGUCUUCCUGAAUUUUCUGCUAAACCUCAUAAUAUGAUCGGUGCUAUGGCAAUGCAUCAUUUUGAAGAAUGCUAUAAAUGUAUGAAAAUUACCAAUAAUAGAAGGAAGAGUAGAACUGUCAUUGUCAAAAUUAUUGAUAAAUGUGCUGGCUGCAAGGUUGGAAAGGCUAUUGACUUGUCUCCUGCUGCAUUUAGAAAGCUCGCUGACCUUGAACAAGGUGUGGUUGAUAUCUCUUGGAAAGUUGUUCGUUGUCCAAAGGAUAUUGAGCCCAGAAUGGGCCCCAAAAGACAUUAAAUAAUUACAUGAAUGUAAAUUUAUAUCCUUUCUAAAUUAUUAUAAAAUUUCUCUCUAUUUCUCUCUUUUUUAUAUAUAUACAUAUAUAUUUAUAUUUCUUUUGCGCUUAUAUUACAUAAGCAAUACAAAUACAUACAUGAUACUAUUUAU